CUCCAAUGACAGAAAUGUACGGUUCUACGGUCCAAGAGUACACAGCCUUACAAUAUUCACUCAAUAUAGAUCGGUACCUAUCCCACAUUGGAUUGGAGGAAUGCGAUGAUACAUAUCUGCACGUGACUGAAUAUUGAAAUUCAGCUGGUGAAACAAUCUAUACAUCACAAUCUAUAUUUUCAAGCCACAGUAUACAACUCCAAGCUACUACGUAUACAUACAUGGCUGCUGAACAUGGUAGACCAGGUGGUACAUCUCUGAAUAAAGAAGUAUCAUGGCAGAGAGCUCAUUCCCAUUACGGCAAAGAUCUGGACCAACAAAAACUCGAGCAGAUGACCGGAGAACAAUAUGUCUGAGAACUUUACAGAUCGCAGUCGAUUGGGUUCAAACCCCCAUUCUACUUGAUCAAAUUUGACUUCAAAGUAUCCAGGUAUUGGAAGAUUAGCCUAUCUAAUACGGAUAUAUUCGGACUUUCAUCCACGUUCUAAUCCAUCCAUGGAUGUUCUACUCCAUGUAUACGGAUCUAGUGUUCCAAUAAACUACAUACAUUCUGUGGGCUACAAGCAUGGAUUAAACCAUAUGCUCAUGACUUUGCUCAAACAUGUUGGAGUUCUGUACUAGUGCAGAAAUUAGUAGCAGGCGUCGCUACUCCCAGCACCUACGAAAUGCAUCUAACAUUUGUAAAUUACAACGCCUUAUGUCGACGAGAUGAGCCUCGCAGAGAAUUAAUGACAUGAUGAUAUCCACACGGAUCAUAAUUGAGAACUGGCUACUUAUCUAGACUAAUUCCCAGAAAUGAUCUAAACCUACUACUUCUGCCCUCCAAUUCCCAUCUUCAGAAAAUCUGUCUUCUAUUUCCACCCCAUUCUCAAAUCGAACAUGCCAAGUGCACCUCCAUUUACUCUUUUUGGUGGCGCUUCAUUUGGAGAAGGUCGUUUUGCAACAGCCAAAGAUGUUCAACAACUACUGGCUCUUUUGACCACCUUGGAAAUUGGUCAUAUUGACACCGCCGUCAUCUACCCUCUUAUCUCGCAGGGAAAGUCGGAACAGCUUCUUGGUGAAAACCAUGCCGAUCAUAGCUUUGCUAUCGAUACUAAGAUCAAGCUUGCGGAUUUCUCCGUUAAAGGCUCAUUGACGGCAUCGGCAAUCAAUGAAAGUGUCGCGGAAAGUUUGUCUCGUAUCAAGGGAAAGAUUAAUGUCUUGUAUUGCCACGUUCCCGAUUCAUCAACCCCGAUCAGCGAAACGCUUGCUACUCUUCAUGAACUUCAUCGGCAGAAUAAGUUCCAAAAGCUUGGAAUAUCCAACUUUUCUGACGCACAGGUCCAAGAGCUUCUUGAAGUAUGUGAAAAGGAAAGCUACACAAAGCCUAGUUACUACCAAGGACAAUACAAUGUACUUUGCCGUGAAGCAGAAGUGCAACUUCUCCCACUCUUACGCCAGCAAAGGAUAUCAUAUAUUGCUCAUAGUCCGCUUGGAGGAGGAUUUUUGACCGGAAAAUUCACAUUGGGCACAGACGUCGCUGGGACCCGAUUCGAAGAUGGUAAUGCAAAGGGAGAGUUUUUUUAAGAGGAGGUAUGAUAAUGGACCUACGCACUCAGCCAUGAAGGAAUUCAUCACAUUGCUUGAGCCCUACAGUAUCACCCCCUCAGAAGGGGCCCUGAGAUGGGUUUACUACCAUUCAGCUCUCCAAUAAGGUGAUGGUGUAAUACUAGGAGCUAGUAAGCCAGCGCAAAUCUCUCUUAGCGCUGCUGAUAUCGCAAAGGGGCCUCUGCCUUUGAGCGUGGCCGAGACCAUGGAAACAAUGUGGAAAAAUAUUCAAGCACAGAUGUAGAACAACAGUACAUGAAGUAAAUUGGUAGGAAAUGGUGAUGAUUCCACAUGAUUCAUCAUUAUUGUA